AUGAGUGGAGUAACGGUACAAAAUAGUCAAAAAUUUCAAAUAUUGGUAGACGGAUGUCAUAACGUGAAGCUACAAGGAAUGAAGGUAUUAGCUCAAGGAAAUAGUCCCAACACUGAUGGAAUUCAUGUAAAAUUAUCAUCAGGAGUUAGUAUUAUGAAAUCACAAAUUGGUACUGGAGAUGAUUGUAUCUCUAUUGGGCCUGGAACUUCUAACUUAUGGAUUGAAGGCAUUGCAUGUGGCCCUGGCCAUGGAAUAAGCAUUGGAAGCUUAGGCUGGAAACAACAAGAGUUAGGAGUCCAAAAUGUGACAGUAAAAACUGUGACUUUCAGUGGAACAACAAAUGGUGUGAGAGUGAAAACUUGGGCAAGGCCUAGCAGUGGCUUUGUUAGAAACAUUCUCUUUCAACAUAUUGUUAUGGUUAAUGUUAAAAACCCAAUCCUCAUAGAUCAAAAUUACUGCCCUAAUCAUGAAAGUUGUCCUCAUCAGGGCUCGGGUAUAAAGAUAAGUGAUGUAACAUAUCAAGACAUACGUGGAACAUCGGCUACAAAGAUUGCAGUAAAACUUGAUUGUAGCAUAACUAAUCCAUGUAGCGGCAUUGCACUUGAAGAUCUGAAUCUUAGUUAUCAAAAUCAGCAGACUGAAGCUUCAUGUGUUAAUGCCAGAGGAAGAGUUUCUGGUUUACAAAAACCUAACAAUUGCCUAUUGAAAAAUUAG